UAGGUUUCGUUUCCUCGAAGUCAGUCUGUGGUUUAAUAGAUUUUAAUGUUUGUGUCUUUUUUUUGGCACUCCACAGAGGUAAUUAACUUAAUAAUUUUCCCAUGGCGGGUCUGAGUCAGAGAGAAAGAGAAGGAAGCAGGCAAUUGUUACAGCUCCUGGCGACCCCUGAUCUUCAAUCACUAGCAGGGACUGUCACCAAAAACAGAAACCAGGCUUUCAGCCGAACAGGAGCUAUUGAAGCCAUCAUUUUGAACAGUAGUAAUGCCGCAGAAUUAUUAAAAAGGAGAAAAGUUUUACGUGACAUUAUUUAUCAGUACCUUGUUCAGCAGGGAGUCUCUGUAGCAUCAUCGAGUACGAAGACUGAACUUAUCACGCAUGCUGUUCAGUAUUGGGCGACUCCAAUUUUUCCAACUUCUACUAAUUCACGAAAAUUCACAGAGAAGGCUUUAGGAUACCUUGCUAAUCCAGUUUAUCAAGGAAUAACAGAAAUAGGAAAAUCACCACCAACCCUUGAUUCUUACAGAAACUUGAAGGCUUUCCCAACUUCUACUCAUUUUAUUCCACGAAAAACCACAGAGAAGACUUUAGGAUACCUCGAUAAUCCACUUUAUCAAGAAAUAACAGAAAGAGGGAAAUCACCAUCAAUCUUUGAUUCUUACACAAACACGGACAUUAAUUGCUGGACUGACCCCAUAUGCAGAAACAUUCCUUCCUAUAUUGGAAACUCCAGACCCAAGACUUUGUCAACAGAGGAGCAUGCACAAAUAAAUACUGGGCAACAAGGAGCUUUAAAAUUAGGCUGUUAUUCGCCAUCAGAUCUGAAGGGUAUAUUUAAUUGA